CUCGCGAGCGCCUGCCGUUUCUCGGGGCGGGGUGGUGGGCGGGGACGGGGCGGGGCGGCGCGCACCAGUGCGUGGGUGUGCGCGCGCCGCGGGCGGGCCAGUGAAGCCGGCGGCCCUGGCACGUGAUCUGGGACCCGCCUGCUAGGUCGCUUGGUGUGUCUGUCUGUCUGUCGGUCUGUCCGCGGGUGCCAUCAUGGCGGACGCGGCCAGUCAGGUGCUCCUGGGCUCCGGUCUCACCAUCUUGUCCCAGCCGCUCAUGUACGUGAAAGUGCUCAUCCAGGUGGGAUAUGAGCCUCUUCCUCCUACAAUAGGACGAAAUAUUUUUGGGCGGCAAGUGUGUCAGCUUCCUGGUCUCUUUUGUUAUGCUCAGCAUAUUGCCAGCAUCGAUGGAAAGCGUGGUUUGUUCACAGGCUUAACUCCACGACUGUGUUCAGGAGUCCUUGGGACUGUGGUCCAUGGUAAAGUGUUACAGCAUUACCAGGAGUAUGACAAGGGCGAGGAGUUGGGACCUGGAAAUGAACAGAAAGAAGUCUCAUCUUGCUUUGACCGGGUUAUCAAGGAGACUACUCGAGAGAUGAUUGCUCGGUCUGCUGCUACCCUCAUCACACAUCCCUUCCACGUAAUCACUCUGAGGUCUAUGGUACAAUUCAUUGGCAGAGAAUCCAAGUACUGUGGACUUUGUGACUCCAUAGUAACCAUCUAUCGGGAAGAGGGCAUCCUGGGAUUUUUUGCGGGUCUUGUUCCUCGCCUCCUAGGUGACAUCAUUUCUUUGUGGCUCUGUAAUUCACUGGCCUACCUCGUCAAUACCUAUGCACUGGACAGUGGGGUUUCCACCAUGAAUGAAAUGAAGAGUUAUUCCCAAGCUGUCACAGGAUUUUUUGCCAGUAUGUUGACCUAUCCCUUUGUGCUUGUCUCUAAUCUUAUGGCUGUAAACAACUGUGGGCUUGCUGGUGGAUCUCCUCCUUACUCCCCAAUAUAUACUUCUUGGCUAGAUUGCUGGUGCAUGCUACAAAAGGAGGGAAAUAUGAGCCGAGGAAAUAGCUUGUUUUUCCGGAAGGUCCCCUUUGGGAAGACUUAUUGUUGUGACCUGAGAAUGUUAAUUUGAAGAUGUGGGGCAGGGACAGUGACAUUACUAUAGUCCCAGACGCACAGAAUUAUGGGAGAGAAUGUUGAUUUCUAUACAGUGUGGCACGCUUUUUUAAUAAUCAUUUAAUCUUGGGAAAAU